AUGGCGGGGACGGAAAAAAUACGAUACUGCAACAUGGGUAUCGUUGAUAUCAAUGGGCUCAACAGCAUAGGGAGUGCAACACAAACAUCAUUUUCCAUCGCGGAGGUGCGAAAGAAUAACCCGAGUUGGGGACCCGCGGAGCCAAGACAACCUGUGAAAUACCCCGUCUCACCGAACAUCAUCCUGCCGAAGUUAACAAACAUCAUUGGAGACUUCUCGAUAAGUCGUGGCGUAGAAAACCGGCAAAAGAGGAACCUUCGAGAGACAAUUGCAUACUACGUGUUUCACUUAGAGUCAACAAAGCACCUAUUUUGCAUUCACCCGCGUUCAACUCCCGAAUUCUAUUACGAUUGGACUGUGCUCGGUAUACCAGCGAAUCUGACCGAUUUGCAACGGAGUCCAUACCCGAGAGUUCUGAUUAUUGUGGACACAGCUAAGGAGUCGAAGCGUUUAUAUCAGACACUUUUGAAAGAGGAGAUUCAGAGAAACCAAAAACACGCAAUUGACAGUCUUGACAAUCCGAGAGAUAACACCGACGUGGAUUUCUACCCAAAAAUUAUGAUCGGGGCAAUUGACUCAAUCAUUUCGUAUCUGGAAAGAUUGAUCAAAGACCGAACGAUAACAGAGCUCGCCUCGUUUUUGCAAUAUAUCGUCGUCAAUAAUGCGGAGAAAUUGGCGAAGGAUAACCAAUUGUAUUCCCUUCUUACAGCCAUAGCGGGUCAUUGUGUUCACUCUUUUGUCCGUUUCAUUUAUAUGUUCAAUUUUGCGACGUCACAAGAAUUGUUGGUAACAGUGGUCGAAAGAUGUCACGAAAUUAACAGAACGGGAAUGUAUAUCGAGGUGGAUGAGCCGAAAGCAAGAGAUUUGUUCACUCGAGUCGAAUUCAUUCCUGCAGUGUCAGCUGAAGAAGUGGCGAAUCAUCAGGCCGCUCAAGCGAUUGCGAAAGAAAAUCCAUUUUCCGAGCAGCAAAUGGAGAAUGUUUCAACUGUCAUGACUCCACAGGCUCAAAAAUUGGGAUUUUGUUUGCGAAUCAUUCAGCGGUUACGAGAGGAAAGGCAAAUGGAGAACCAACGUCGCAGAAAUCAACGAAGAGAACGAAUUCUGAUUGUGACGAAGGACACGGCGACCGCGAUUCUGGUGAUGAUGUUCUUAAGGCAGAGAGUUGCAGCGAGCAACGGGAAAUUGCAAUAUAAGGUCAACAAGUUGCUCUCCUACGACUCUGUUGAUGAAAUGGAGAGACGAAACUUUGAGUUUCGUCACGACAAUCUUGAUGUUCUUGUGAUCGACUGGCGAUCGAUACAAGAUGUGAAUCGUGGAGCCGUCGACGCUGUUAUCAUGUUCGACUCACCGAAGCCACAAUACUUUCAGACAAUUAUGGAGACUGAGAUGGAGAAUUUAACGUCGAGGAACUGUGUGAAGCUCAAAUUGUAUAUUUUCUUGAAUAAUGAGACGGAUCGAAUGUUGUAUCCGGAAUAUGUGAAGUUCCUCCAGAAAUACAAAAAGAAAGCCGCCCCACAAUGGUUCAGUGCGCUCUACGAGAAGUUUCGAAAGGAAUGGGAGGAGGGCCGAGUAACUCCAGAAUUUUGGUUCGAUUGCCAGGACAACUUCAAUGAUUAA